AUGAAAGCGCUGUUAAAGGACCAAUCGCAACUGAAACCCGAACUGUUCGAAAUUGUCCCAUGGCAUCUAGCAAAAUACCUCUGGGAUGCUCUAGCCCGGUGCAACAAGCAGUCACUAUACAUGUGGAAAAUCAUGGCCACAAUGUACCCUACACAAUUCCCUCAAAUCAGUCCCUAUUACUGUCUAAGCACUGGCAGUCCCAGGAAACCACUGAAAGCUUACAUGGGGAUGCUCAACAACAAAGACUUCCGGUGGAGAGCAGUCCUCACACUUGCCUCUACAUGUUGCUCUCUGACAGAGCUUUCGGGUAUCCCAAAUAUCAAGAACCUGGUCGCUCUGGAGAUUUGCAUGCCCCGAGCAAACCAGAGCCAAAUGAAAGAAGACACAACCAAAGAGCAAGCUUCUUUGCAAGAUGGAUCCGUGCGUAGUUGGGUCGAGAUGUGGCAGUCCACCACAGCACUACAGCAUCUCCGAAUUCUCAGAAUCUACCAUCAGCAUGAAUUGACAAUCGCAGCUUUGAGAUCUCUUCGUGAACUACCGGAGCUCCAGCUUGUGAUCGCGUAUGGAUGCGACAAGAUUACAAAAGAGAUCUCAGGUCACCGAAAGCCUGGGAACAAUAUAGUCCCCAUCGAAGGCUGGUCGGCUAGUAGACUUGACUGGCGACCACGGGAUAAGGCACUAGCAGAUCUAGGGCCCCUGCUAGAUGUGUACAAAUCUAAUCUUGAAACAGAUCCAGAUGCAGCUGGGCAACAAAAACAACCCUCGACGUUGGAUACAAAUCUCCCGAUUCUAGAAUUCCAACUCCCAACCGCCAACCACAACAAUCCGGAGCGGGUGGCACAACGUGCUCUGUACAGGCCGAGGUCGGUUGUGUUUUUCACUAGAGACCCUGCGAUGCAGAGACUUGAUCUUGAGAAAAAGGAGCGUAAGAGGGGAAAGAAGCGGUCUGAGCCGGUGGAGGGACCUAAUCCGCGUGUCAGGAAGGCUGUUAUGAAGGAUAGAGGGAGGGAUAUUUCCAUGACAUUGGAUGACUUCUUCUGA